AUGGAGCGGGUGGUCGUGAGCAUGCAGGACCCUGACCAGGGCGUGAAGAUGCGGAGCCAGCGCCUGCUCCUCACCGUCAUUCCCCACGCGGUGACCGGCAGGGACGUCGUGGAGUGGCUGAUCCAGAAGUUCUGCAUCUCGGAGGAGGAGGCGGUGCACCUGGGCACACUCCUGGUGCAGCACGGCUACCUGUACCCGUUGCGUGACCCCUGCAGCCUGGAGCUCCGGCCUGAUGAGAUGCCCUACAGGUUCCAGACACCAUACUUCUGGACAAGGACUAUGUGGCCAGCAGCUGAGCUGGACUAUGCCAUCUACCUGGCCAAGAAGAACAUCCGAAAGCAUGGGGCCCUGGUGGACCAUGAGAAGGAGCACUAUGAACAGCUGCACAAGAAGAUCAACCACACGUGGGACCUGGUGGUGAUGCAGGCCAGAGAGCAGCUGCGGGCAGCAAAGCAGCGCAGGAAAGGGGACCGGCUGGUCAUUGCGUGCCAGGAGCAGACAUAUUGGCUGGUGAACAGGCCCCCGCCUGGGGUCCCCAGUGUGCUGGAGCAGGGUCCAGAGCGGGGCUUCUGCACUGUCAACCAUGUGCAGAUGACCAAGAGCAUGGACUUCUACAAGCAGGAGAUCGAGCGCUGCACACAGGCACUGGGCAGGACCCGCGUGAAGUCCUCUGUCUGCCUUGAGGCGUACCUGAAGUUCAGCAGCCAGCAUGAGCCACAUGACCCCCUCAUGUCAGGGUGCCUGCCCAGCAACCCUUGGAUCACAGACGACGAUGCCUACUGGGUCCUGAAUGCACCCACGGCAGCUGUGCCCACACGGCUCCGCGUGGAGCGAUGGGGCUUCAGCUUCCGGGAGCUCCUAGAAGACCCCGUGGGGCGGGCCCAUUUCAUGGACUUUCUUAGGAAGGAGUUCAGUGCGGAAAACCUCAGUUUCUGGGAGGCGUGUGAGGAGCUGCGCUAUGGUGGCCAGGCCCAGGUGCCUGCCCUGGUGGACGCUGUGUACCAGCAGUUCCUGGCCCCUGGCGCUGCCUGCUGGGUCAACAUCGACAGCUGGACUAUGGAGCGGACGCUGGAGGGGCUGCACCAGCCACACCGCUACGUCCUGGACGAUGCCCAGCUGCACAUCUGCAUGCUCAUGAAGAAGGACUCCUACCCGAGGUUUCUGAAGUCCGACAUGUACCAGGCCCUGCUGGCAGAGGCUGGGGUCCCGCUGGAGACCAGGAGAUGGGUGUUCCCGUUCCUGAGGAAGCCACGGCACUCGAGCCCCAGCCCUGCCCUCCCUCCUACCUCUGGGGAGUCUGUGGUAGCCAGCGGCCCUGGGGGAGGUGACAGGGAGGCUUAGGUGGACCAACCGCCUGCCAGCCCCACCUGUGCAACGUCCUGUAUGUGGCAGUGGUCCCUAUCCCUUUGGCCCAUGGUCCUGGCAGCUGCUAAGCCCCAGCAUGGGUGUCCCCUGUGCCCGGGGCAAGACUUGCUGUGGGGUGCAUGGCUGCUCUCAGGUUUCCCUCACCUUUCCCCAGGCAAGCCCUCCCCCGCCCAGAAGGGACUGGCACAGAUGCUGAUUCCCAGGGAGGGGGAUUCAUUGGCCAAGCAUGGGUGGGGCAGGACCUAUUACCUGAAGGAAGGCGAGUCCAAGGCCACACAGAGCUCCCUGCAUUCUGUGGGCUUCAGUUCAGCACUGGGCACCCGUCCAGCUCUCUAGAACCAGUAAGUCGGCCGGCAACACCUGGAAGCAAGACUCACAGACAGGAGGUUCCCACAGGUAGCACCUGUUGGUGGUAAGGGACGCAGAUCUCAGGGGAAACUUUACCCUGCCCCAGAGAAGCCACCAUUGCCCAGUGUGGCCCCAAGUGGGGACUCUGGAGUGUCCCCUAAUUCCACUGAGGCCACGCUGAGCCUGCAUCACGCUUCCGCCCAGUGACCACACCCCGGAGCUGGGCCUUCAAGUACCACCCACCCCCGGCCGUCCCAGCACGUGCUCCAGGACCCAUCCAUGGCACACUGCCCUCUGAUGCUCCACCUCGACUCUGAUGUGGCUGCCCCUCUAACAAUGAACAGUGAGGCUCCUCCUCCCCCCCUGCCCCCCCUCGGCGCAGACACAGUGUGCAGCUCCGACAGCUCGGCUGGGGGCACCACCUCCACACACAGGGCUGGCCCGCACCCUUGCCUUCCCACUGGUUCUGGCACAGAAAUAAAAGAUCCUGGGGCCCUCACUCUGAGCCCACCUGCCA